AUGAUUGAAGGUUUAUAUAUUACAAAUUUGAAUAAUACAUUAGUUUACGAAUAUAUUAAUGAUUUAUCAACUCCAAAUUUUAAAGCUUUAUUAUCAAAAUUAUUACAAUUAAAUAAUCAAAAUUCAUUUAAAAUUGAUUUAAAUUCAAAAUUUUAUUUAUCAAUUCAUAAUUUUAAAGAAUUCAAUUUAAUAAUUUAUCUUUUAUGUGAUAAAAUACAAUCAAAUCCUUUAAUUCCAUAUGUUUUCGUUAAUAAAUUAAUUGAAGUAUUACAAGAUUAUUUCGGUGAAUCUUUAAAUGGAAAUAAAAUCGAAAUUAAUAAUGAUAUUUUAACAUUGAUUUUAUUUCAAAUGAUUGAAUCCGAUCAACCAUUUAUAACAGAUGCAAAUAAAUUAAAAGAUUUGGUAAAUUAUAAAAGUUUAUUAAAUAAAAUUUUAAGUGGUGCAAGUCAAGCAACUCAAUCAAUUACAAAUCCUUUAGAAUUAUCGAAAUCAAAAUCUAAGGAAAUAAAUGAUAUACCAUGGAGAAGAUCAAAUGUUAAACAUACAAAUAAUGAAAUGUAUGUGGAUAUAAUUGAAAGUGUAAAUAUUAUAAUGAAACCUUUGAAUAAUUCAUCAUCUCAACAAUUUGAUUCAGCAUUUUAUUCAUCCAAUUUUAAAAAAAACGCACAGAAUUAUAUAAUUAAUUGUCAAAUUUAUGGAGAGAUUAUAUUUUUAAGUAGAUUAACUGGAGUACCUACUCUAAGUUUAUCUUUAAAUACUGUUUUUCCAUCAUCAUUUUUUCAUAAAUGUAUUAAUGAAAAGAAUGGAGUUUUAACAUUUAUUCCACCUGAUGGAAAAUGUACAAUAAUGAAAUAUGGAAUGCAAUUAAAUAAAGAGAAUUAUCAUUUACUUAAAAACACAGUUGAUAUUGAGUUUACCUACAAUGAAGAAGAAUCUGAUUUUGAAAUUAAAGUGGUAAAUCUUUCACAAUUGGGUAAAAUUGAUUUUAUAAAUAUUGAAAUAUAUUGUGAAAAUCCAUCAGAUUCAAUUAAAUUAAAUAGAUUAACUCAAGGUGAUUUUAUAAAUAAAUAUGAUGGUAAAGGAGAAUGGAAUUUAAAAAAUAUAAAAAAUAAUAGUAUACUACCAAUAUUUCAUGGAUGUAUAAUAUCAAAAAAUGAUGAUCAAGAAGAAUUGACAAGUAAAUUAUCUAAACCAGCAUAUUUAAAAGUUAAUUAUAGUCAUAAAGGUUCAGUUCCAAGUGGAUUAAAAGUUGAAAGUUUAAAAAUUAUAAAUUCAAAAGGUUUGAAUGAUAAUGUAAAACCUUAUAAAGGAGUUAAAUAUAUUACAAAAUCAGCCAAUUAUAUAAUUAGGUCUUAA